AUGGUUGUUGGCCUGCGCGGUAUCUGGUGGGUGCAGCGACAUGUUGGGUCCAAGCGCUCUGUUGAACGACUUCUAACAGCGCCGCUGCAAAAGGUCCGCCUGAUUCGACGCGCUGUUGUUCCGAUUAUUCUGAAUAAUUCAUAUCAAUACGAAGAGACCUAUCUUGGGCUCGGAUCAAAUUCAUCCCAAUGUCACUUAGCUGGAGACGCUAUUCGGCAGUCCAACGGAAUCAUAGGUGCUCCUGCGGAAUGGGAAGACGGUCGAAUCACAGUCUGA